AUGACUAAAGUCAUCAGACCAAAUUUGUAUGAAUGUAUUGAAAGGAAAACUUUUUGGAACUUCUGGAUAUACCAAACCCAAAUGGACGUGGCGAGCUCCCUAGCUGCAGUAAAGGCGGUACAGGCAGCUCUGCUGGUGUUGGCUACUUUAAGCCUGACCGCUUACAGGUUUUCGACCAGCACUCCUACCAUAGCCUUGGAUGGGGCAACAGUUGACUACAUCGUGGUGGGCGCUGGCACUGCCGGCAGCGUCGUGGCCAACCGUCUCACGGAGAACCCUCACGUGAAAGUGCUGGCCGUAGAAGCUGGUGAAGAACCGACUUUUGAAACAGAUUACCCGGCUUUGUUCCCGUUCCUAACAAAAACAAACUACGAUUGGAACUACGUGUCAGAAAAUGACGGCUACUCAGCGCAGUAUCACAGAAAUGGCUACCUGGACUUGCCUUCCGGUAAAGUGUACGGAGGAAGCAGUUCCAUACAUCACUUCUAUUACUUGAGAGGGCAUGUUGAUGACUACAAAGACUGGGCCGACGCAGCAGGUGACCAGUCCUGGUCUUUCAAACAUCUUCUCCGGUAUUUUAAAAAGAGCGAACGCCUAGAAGAUAAACAGAUCCUUAACUCAGCCACUGGAAAAUACCACGGAACGAAUGGCCCCACGAUAAUAACGCGCGAGAAGCGGAAGUUACCGCUCAAAUACCUUGAAGCUUUUCAGGAAGUCGGGCACAAUGUUGUAGACGAUCUCAAUACCGGCAAGACUUUAGGGUACACAAGACCCAUGUUUUACAUUGGAGACGGAAUACGGCAGAGCAGCGCGGUAUGCUUCCUUUCGCCACUAAAGAACCGACCCAAUUUUCAUAUAGCAAAAAAAACCACUGUUAAUAAAAUUUUGAUUGAUGGUAAUAAAAAUGCUAUAGGUGUCCAGGCUUCUGCAAAUGGCCAAACUUUCAAUAUUUACGCUCGAAAAGAGGUAAUAGUAUCGGCGGGUACGUUCAACUCACCGAAACUUCUGAUGCUGUCUGGUAUUGGACCAAAGGAUCAUCUCGCAAGUUUGGGUAUCGAAGUAAUUGUCGACUUGCCUGUGGGUAAAAAUAUGGAGGACCACGUUAUUGUAUUUUUAGCGCAUAAACUAGGAGAAGCAAAUGAAAGUCCCGUACCCGAAAACCCAUCCCUUUUCCCAAUACCAACGUUCAUUGGCGUAGAAGCUGUGGAUAAAACACAGUGCCAUCCUGAUUACUUUACAAUGAAUAUAAUAUGUAGAAACAAUACUAACAACUUGGCGCUACUUUGUUCUAGUGUCUACGGUCUACACGAUGACGUAUGUAACCAGCUAAUUGAAGCUGGCAAAGGUAGAGAGAUUCUGGUUACAGUAUUGACCGUGUGUCGUCCAGAAUCGCGAGGAGAAGUACUCUUGCGUAGUGCAGAUCCUAGAUAUUCACCGAAAAUUUACACGGGCUUCUUUUCGAACGAUGCAGAUUUGGAGAACAAUGCGGCGUACAUUGAAGACUUUAUUAAAGUGACCAAUUCUAGUUUGUUCCGCAAUGUCGGUGGUGAGACGAUGUACUUCGAUUUGCCCAACUGUAGGGGUUUGGAGCUGAAUACGCGGGAAUACUGGAAGUGCUACGUCCUUAACAUGAUGGACACAACCUACCACUACAGCAGUACGUGUCGUAUGGGAUCGGUGUUGGACGCCAAACUGAAGGUACUAGGGGUCAACAGGCUAAGAGUUGUGGAUGCCAGCGCAAUGCCAAACACGGUUAGUGCAAAUAUAAACGCUGCAGUAGUGACGCUGGCGGAGAAGGCAGCAGAUUUAAUAAAGAAAGCAUAAACUGAUCUUGAUCAUAUUAGUCAGUAGGUGAUUGCCCACCAUAUCGCUAUCCAUCUAUACUUAUAAUAAAACUAACAGUUCCAAUUCUAUACAUUUUUUUUGUUUUGUAUACGUGUUUUACAAAGAUAUUUUGUUUUUUUCUUGUUGGAGGGCCAUUUACUGAACCCAUUUACAUUUAUGAUUUUUGUUGACUGGGCACGCUGAGACUACUUAUUAAGUAAUUCAAUUAAAACUUUGCACAAUUUGAGACCAUAAUGCAAAUAAGGUCAUAGGAUAUUUUAUGGAUACGAUUAGGAUUUUUGUAAAUUUUUGAAAAUAAAAUCAGAGAGGGGUAGAAAGGGUAGUUUUUUUUACUACUAUCUCACCUGUUGGUAAGUGAUGAUGCAGUCUAAGGUGGAAGCGGGCUAACUUGUUAGGAGGAGGAUGAAAAUCCACACCCCUUUCGGUAUGUGUACUACCAGAAAUAAUAAAAGCUUGUUGAUAUUGUCUACUCCGUUCUACAUUUUGUUUCAAGUUGCUUAGCAUUGCCAAAUCUGUAAAUAAAAUGGAGCGGUUUACGUCUUUAGAGCUUCCAGUCCAAGACAUUUUAGUAAGCGAGGCAGUUUAGACCCACCGAUUAUAUUUGCAUACUUGAGGCACUUGUUUCGAGCGACCCCUAAUGCCGGUCUACCAAAAUUACGUUCCACAUUUGAAAUAAUAUCUCAGAAUCUGUUUCACGGUCCCUUAAGUGGGGCUUAAACUGACACGGUUACAGCGACUGUGUCGUAGCUAAUUAAACUUAUAAUAAAUUAAUAUAAAAUGAAUUAAAUUAAACUAUACUACAGCCUUUUUGAUGAGUACUGUUUAACAACAAACCAA